AUGAAGAGUUCUAAGAGAGAAAUGGAGAAGAAAUCAGAGAUAAGUUGUGUGAUUGAAGAGCUUUCUGUGGUGGUAAUUGUUAAACCUUCUGAAGAAAAUCAUGAAGCUGCUCAUAUUCCUACCAAGCCUUUCCUCUCUAUAUGUUAUUUUGUUCUACAAGUUCUUGAUAAAAUUGGACCAACAAUGGCUGUUUUGAGACAAGAUGUGUACCAAAAUAUCAAGAGAUUGGAACUGAUGCAUGAAUCAAAUCCAACAACAAUAUCCAAUUUGGUUGAAAUAUUAAAAUUGGAAGCAACAGAAGGCAAUGCAAGGAAGGGCUCUAGCUGCAGUAAGGCCUUUGUUUGGCUCACAAGGGCCUUGGAUUUCACCUCAUCAUUACUAGAAAUACUAUCAAAAGAUCCUGAAAAGAAAAUGGACAAAGCAGUUGAAGAAUCUUACAAUGUAACAUUGAAACCUUGGCAUGGCUGGAUUGCAUCAACUGCUUCUAGGGUUGCUCUAAGAUUAGUUCCAGAAAGUAAAACAUUCAUUGAUAUCCUUAAAGCUGAAGAUGAAGAAAUUGACAUGCUUAUGCAGAAAAUGCAGAUAUUAGUUUCUCUACUUGUGCCUUUUCUUGAGGAUAUCCAUUUUAUUUUAAGAUUAUACAACUUGGACAAGCUGAAAUCAACCUGA